GGACUGGGACUAGUUAAAGAGCUUAGUGCCGAGGGGUUGAAAACACACCAGACCAGGGGAUUGAAUCCUCCUCUCGUUAGUAGCAGGGAGACAGAUAUUAUUCAUGAGAUAUAUAAGGCCAAAACUCUGUGGGAGAAGACUGGGGCAGUGAUCAUGGUGGUACGAUGCCCUGGAUGCUUGUUGUGCAGAGAGCCCCAGCUAGAGGAGUUGGGGAUCCCUCUGUUAGCCGUGGUCAAAGAGAACAUUGGCCAAGCGCUGGACGCCUUCAAGACAUUUUUUACUGGAGAAGUCUAUGUAGACCAGAAGAGAGCGUUAUACGGUCCGGUGGAGCGUUAUAUGUCCCUAUCUGCGUUGCUGCGUAUCGGGGUGUGGAGAAGCCUGUGGAGGGCCUAUAGGAAGGGCUGCACAGGAAAUAUAAUCAAAGGAGAAGGUCUUGUACUGGGGGGAGUUUUCGUCAUUGGGCCCAAAGAUCAGGGAAUUCUGCUUGAGCACCGUGAGAAGGAGUUUGGGGAUAAAGUCAACCUGCUGGCUGUACUCAGAUCAGCCAGGAAAAUUCAAGAUGGCUUGGCUACUGCGAAAUAGUUUACACAAACAGCUUAAGGUUAAAGUCCCCAUGCAGUCUUUUUAGUUGUAUUUUUAAAUCAUCACUGUAUGUAUAAUACAUCACUGUAUGUGUAUUCAUUACAUGAACAUAACUCAACAUAUAUUUUGCGUCAUUUAUUGUCCUUUUGCCAUUGAAAUACUCAGUCUGACCUUGUGGGCAUGUUGAUACAAAUGUAAAUAUAUUUACAUACACUGCCCUAAUUUGCCGGAUAGGAUUGUCUGAACUAUAGAGCCUACCUAACUUUUAACGUGGGGCGAUUCCUAUUUCCACUUAAUUUGUAUUUAGUGACAUACAGUGGGGCAAAAAAGUAUUUAGUCAGCCACCAAUUGUGCAUGUUCUCCCACUUAAAAAUAUGAGAGAGGCCUGUAAUUUUCAUCAAAUGUACACUUCAACCGUGACAGACAAAAUGAGGGAAAAAAAUCCAGAAAAUCACAUUGUAGGAUUUUUAAUGAAUUUAUUUGCAAAUUAUGGUGGAAAAUAAGUAUUUGGUCAAUAACAAAAGUUUAUCUCAAUACUUUGUUAUAUACCCUUUGUUGGCAAUGACAGAGGUCAAAUGUUUUCUGUAAGUCUUCACAAGGUUUUCACACACUGUUGCUGGUAUUUUGGCCCAUUCCUCCAUGCAUAUCUUCUCUAGAGCAGUGAUGUUUUGGGGCUGUUGCUGGGCAACACUGACUUUCAACUCCUUCCAAAGAUUUUCUAUGGGGUUGAGAUCUGGAGACUGGCUAGGCCACUCCAGGACCUUGAAAUGCUUCUUACGAAGCCACUCCUUCGUUGCCCGGGCGGUGUGUUUGGGAUCAUUGUCAUGCUGAAAGACCCAUCCAAGUUUCAUCUUCUAUGCCCUUGCUGAUGGAAGGAGGUUUUCACUCAAAAUCUCACGAUACAUGGCCCCAUUCAUUCUUUCCUUUACACGGAUCAGUCGUCCUGGUCCCUUUGCAGAAAAACAGCCCCAAAGCAUGAUGUUUCCACCCCCAUGCUUCACAGUAGGUAUGGUGUUCUUUGGAUGCAACUCAGCAGUCCUCCAAACACGACAAGUUAAGUUUUUACUAAAAAGUUAUACUUUUUUGCCCCACUGUAUUUCCCCCCUAUUUAGUGACAUUUUCACCCCCUGGUUUAAAAUCACAUACAUGAAAGGUUCUUUAUCCAUUUAACAUGGUAGUUUUGGUUAUUUUAUGCAGGAAUUACUUUCCACUCACAUGUGUUAGCCUCUCAUUGUCUAUGAGUAUGCACUUUUGUGUCAAAUGUAUAGUCUAUAGUGAAUGUAUUUGUGCUACUUCACAGUAUGUCUGUCAGUCUCUGUGCAUAGAUUUUUUACUUGUGUACUUUUUUCUGGCAUCCAUAAUCCUGUAGGUGAUUUAUACAUAAUUUAAAUUGACCCAGCAGAGCCACCCCCAAAACCAGCAGAACCUUUCCCUUUUUCAUUGUGCUGAACCCAUCCUGAUCUCAUCCCUGGACAUGUCCUGUCAACAGUGCUGUGUUGUCCUGUGUACUGGUCUCAAUACUGUCCGAAUGUUGUCAUGGGACUGUGUUGGUGUUAAUGAAGGUCUGUGUCUAAACUCUGAAUGAUGAGAGCUCAGGGCUGAUGCUUACACACGCAGUCACACUGCUCAAUGGACAAAGAUUGAACUGUUACAACUCAUUUGAGAAUAAUAAAAUAUAUAUUUAUUAAGCCUUUUACUGUAGUUUGUGGGUUUUAUGCAUACCGGCACUGCAAGUUGUUUACUAAAUGGUUAUGUCAUGUUUUUAAGACAUACAAAUACAUUAAAUGUUCCACCUAAUAAAAAGGUUGUCUUUA